AUGGGUAAUUAAGAAGGAAUGUGUUGUUUAUCUAGAGACAAAGAAUAUCAUGUAUUAAACAAUGAAUUAGUUAUAUUUCGAGAAUAUUUGAAUGUGAAAAUAACUGUAAAAUUAGGAGAUAUAUCAAAAGAAUCAGGAGAGAGUGUAAGUAAUUAAUUUAUCAUAUAUUUAAGUUUGUUUAUAUACAAAUCCUGAGAAAAUACCAUUACAAUCAUCUCAUUCAUAAUAAGUUUAUGAUAAUUUAUGUAAAAGUAAGUAGAUUAUAGUACGUUUUUAGUUGGUUUUGAAAAUAUGUACACUUAAAAUUUAGAAAUGAGCAAUUACAAAUGUAUUACUUAUUAUAGAGUGAGAGCAUUUGAGGUAUAGAAUAAUAUUAUUAUAUAAGUCAGAAAAAGAUUUAUUUUAAUAUUAUAAUGGAUAUAAAGAGUGGUAUUAUAAUAUUAGUAUUAAUAGUUUGACAUAAUUAAAUGAUGAUCAAUAUAAAGACAUAUUAAUAUGUGAUUGUCCUAUUAAAUAAAGUAGAUCAUUUAGUUCUGAAGUACUAGUAAGAUCAGUUAUUGAGUAAGUUAUUAUGAGAUUAUUAUAGUUUCAUUGAGGAAUCUAAUAAUCGAUUACAUAUAAAGUGUAUAACAAUAAUGAAUUGUGAUAAAAAGAGUGUAAUAUAUGAUAAUUUAAUAAAGAGUCUCGUUUCCUUAAAUAUGAACUAAUCAAAUAAAUUGAAGAGUCUAAACAACCUGCAUUGAGGAAAGAUAGACAAAAUAAGUUUAUGAAGUUUAUAACAUCAACUAAGAGUGUAACUUCAGAAAUGGGAAGAUAAAAUAAAUGUGAUUUUAGUUUAAAAGAUUUUGAUUUAGGAGAUGAAUCUAAAUUAAUGAAUUUAAAAGAAGAAUAAUGA